AUGGCACCAAAGAAGAAAUGCGACGAGCAACGACCACGGUGUGCGCGCUGCACAGAACGCGGCCUCGAGUGCACUUAUGGAACCGUGAAGCCCCGGCAGCGGAAGAAGAGAGAUUCGCAAUCCGGUCUAGCACACGUUCCUCAAACAGGAGACGGUUCGGUAUCAGACCAUGAGCAAUGGCCCGACGACGCUGCUGAUGAUGCGCCUGGCGAGGUCAGCGAGUCUGUGUGUACCAGUCCGGUCGAGAGCAGACCGGAUACUACCUCGCUAUUCAACUUUUCCUCCCACGAGGGUGACUCUGUCCCGUCCCCAACCGGCUCGAGGGUCUACGAGUACGACACCGAGACCGAUGAAGAUCAGGCCCGGGACAUAGUACGACGGAAUUCGAAUGCCAGUGUCAUGUCGCAUGCGCGGUCGCUACGACCAGAUCUUGCGAUGAUCGCGCCGUCACCCGUAGGGUCCCCGACGCUCGACUUCUGCAUACCAGCGUUCUCCGAGUUUUCAGAUCGUCCAAAUCGACGCGCUCUGGUGGACCAUUUCUGCAAUGUGCUGUCACAUCUUAUCGUGUUUCGGGAGGAAUCUGGCAAUCCAUUCCAGCAGUUGGUGCUGCCGCUUUCGUUCAAGAGCACGCCGGUCAUGAACGCCAUCUAUGCUUUAGCAAGUGCCCACCUGGAGUAUCGUGGUGUCGACAAUGCUGAGAAGUCCAUCUACUUUCACAACCAGGCCAUACAAGGCUUGACGAGGUUGAUCGAAAACCAGGGCAAGGGCAAUAAGAAUGAGCUCUUGGCUGCAAUCAUGCUGCUGGUAUACUAUGAAGUGCUCGUCCAGCGCGGGCGAACGAGCAUCGUGGAUGGACACCUGAGGGGGGCUCUGACUAUAAUGUGCUCGUCUCAAGACUCGAGUCCUGCUGGGCUCUUCCUAGAACGCGCGUUUCGCUUUUACGACGUCAUCACGGCGCUGUCUCUAGGGACGCCUCCUCUCUCCACGGCUCCAGCUGCUGGCUGCCUACUCCCGUACCCACCCCUCGAUGCCACCCCUGCAUCCCCCCUGAGCAAUGUAGACACCCUGCUUGGGAUGGCUACAGGCUUGUGGCCAAUCAUGCAUCGCCUAUCGAAUCUCCUGUCCGUGAAAGUCGAGCUUGAGAAGGCGCUUCGAGCGAAUCAGUCAUCGAAGGGUGCGGUCCUUCGAUCCGAGUUCGAAGCUACAUCUCAAGCGAUAGAGACUGCUCUCGCACAGUGGGAGCCGUGCCUCCCGCCGAAUAUCAUCAUACACGACGGCGUGCUGAGGAGCAUUGAAGAAGGGGAGAUGCAAGAAAGACCUCGGCUCCAGUCGAUAUUACAUAAUGCUCUGGCAUACCGCCACAGUGCCUUCGUCUAUCUGUACCGCACGAUCUAUGGGUACUUGCCGAGCCACCAGUCGGUACAGAAACACGCCCACGCGGCACUUUCCCAUUGCGUGGAGACCACGGUACAUGGAGGGCCUAUGGGCGCGUUGUUGUGGCCGCUCUUCGUGGCCGCAUGUGAGGCGAUCAGCGCCGAAGACAGAGGUCUUGCGCAGAAGGCGUUCGUCGAGAUCGAGUUACGACAAGGGAUGACAAACAUCGAGCAGGCAUGGCGGAUUAUUCGUGAGGUUUGGAAUCGACUGGAUCUUAUGAAUAACGCCUCUGUCUACGGGAAGAACACCGAUCUCUGGAGGAGGGUGAGCGCUGAGAUGGGCGUCAACAUCAUAUUCGGUUGA